AUGUAAACGCGUUUAUUGGUCGCUUGAGAUAGCUCUACCGACAUCUGUUGUGAACCGUGGUAAGGAGACGAAGAAGAAGAAGGCGCGAAGGCGGUACACGUUGAAGUAUUUCGUCUCUUGUGCGGACCGCGAAGGAUCGCGAAGUUUUUUCUACAUAUAAUUAUAGCUUCUUUUACAGAAGAAAGAAGCCCCGGAGCCGAUCAAAAAUACCUACCUUGCGUACUGGAAAUUGAACGAGAAGGAAGACACGAGGAAGUGGAUUGUUCGUACAUAUUUUGUUUCUGAUCAUUGCGACACAUACUGAAAGAAAGAAGUCUCGGAGCCGAUCAAAAAUACCUACCUUGCGUACUGGAAAUUGAACGGGAAGGAAGACACGAGGAAGUGGAUUCUUCGUACAUAUUUUGUUUCUGAUCAUUGCGACACACAUAUUGAUGAAAAUAUUAAUAUGGAUUAUCAAAAAGAUACAACUCAUGUCGUAAUCAAAUUUUUUGAAAAAAGUAAAACUGGACAAACCAGCAUCGACCUUGUACCCGUGACGUGGACGCAUCUUAAGGAUGGUCAAUUGUUCUGCAAAUACCCAAAUAAAUCUGAAUACUUGAAAGUAAACAAGCUGAGUAAAACAUCUUCUGAACCUGGCGCCUCAUGGAAGAGUUUUAAAGUUAUUCUUGUAAAAGAAGCUAGUAAUUAUGAACAAGGUAUAAGACGAAUGAAGAGGGGAUACUCUGAUGAGAUAAUUGAAAGUAGCAACAUCGAUGAAUAUCACAGUUCUGAAAAAGAGGAAGACCCUUUACAGCUGACCGGAAAUGAUCUUAAGAAAUCACUGAAUAAAAUUCCUUCACUUAAAGGAAAUUUUAAGAGUACACACAAAAAUUAUAGAGAAGAUAAUUCUGACACUUCGGUAUCCCAUGCUUCUAAAGAUGAGAAAUCAAGCGUUGAUAAUAGUGAUACAUCGUCAUCGACGUCGUCAUUAAAAACCAAGAAAACAUUCAAAAAACAUAACAGGCACGAUUCGCAGAAUGCUACAAGUUCUUCAAAUUCAAGUUCAUCAAUUCCAUCGCCUAAAAAACGAAAAACGCAAUCAACAAAGGAAAAAUCUGUAAGUUCAGAUUCUCUUCAAACAUUAUCGUCGGAAACACAAGAUAAUGCCACUAAAACAUCAGCGGAAACGCAAAAAAGUUCUAUUCGAUCAAAAGUAAUUGAUCCAAAGCAAAAAGCAAAAAAAAAACUUGACGUUUCAAAAACUGCGAUUUCAAGUACAAGCAAGAAAAAUAAGAAAGACCAGACAUCGAAAAAAAGAUACAACUCUUGCCCAACUUGCGGUCGUACAGCACCAUCAAAAUCUUUCUUGGAAUCCAUGAAACGAAGUAUUGAAUAUAGAAUCCGCGAUGAGUCUGAAAAAAUUAGAGGAACUAUUGCUGCUAGUAAAAACAGUGGAUAUAUUGAAAAUAUCAUGGAAGAAGGAAGAAUUGCUGAUUUGCCGAAAGAUGACUUAGACAGUUUCCUGCAGUUUGAAGAUGAUUUGAAAAAGGAUGAGGACUUGGUCAAGAAAGUCAAAUGUUUUAUGGUGCUUAAUACUAAAAAUUCAAUGAGGCUCUCAGAAAAUCUUAGUAUAGUUAUUCCCCGCAUUAUUACAAAAAACGUACAACUUCUAUAUUCUGCUUUUGGACGAGAAACUAAUGGUGUUCAAAAAUUAAAUUUUUCGAAAACAGAAACUUACAAAUAUCUUCGAGAAGUCAUUCUGACUAAAUGCCCCGAACUACAGUUAAAAGAACUUAACUCCCAAUUUAGUCGUUGGUUUUCGGGUGCAAAAGAUAGAGAAGGUGGAAAAAAAGAGAGAAAUUUAAAAAAGACUCAAAGAAACGAAGGAUAAUACUUAAUAAUAAUACUCACAAAACAUUAAAUAUAUACGAAAAUGAGUGUUUCAUUUAUUUUUUUCAUUACAAGAGUUUGUUUGAAGA